GCAGAGGCGGCAGCAGUAGCAGCAGCAACCGCGGCGGCGGUGACUGCGGGUACUCCUCGCAGGCCUCGGGUGCUGCUGCUGCUGGCGGUGGAAGCUUGUGGUGUAUCGGAGGCUCCUUGGGAGAGGCAGCAGCUGCCGUAGCCACACGGAGGGGUGGGGGGAGGGGGGAGAGGGAAGAAGCCGCUGGAGCCGCCAGAGCCGCCAGCCGUUCGCACGCAUUUGGAGAUUUGAUGACAUGCUACAAAGAACACUUUGAGCCUACAUUUUUCUGAAGAAUUCAUUUAAAAGGUCUCAGAAGAACAAGAGGUAGAUGUACAAAUGUCUACCACAAGACGAAAGCGCAGCAUGUUAUGUACUUUACCAUAAGCUGUCAUAAAAUGAGCUCAAUUGCAGACAGAGAUGACGGUAGUAUUUUUGAUGGGCUGGUGGAAGAAGAUGACAAGGAUAAAGCAAAAAGAGUCUCCAGAAACAAAUCUGAGAAGAAGCGCAGAGAUCAGUUUAAUGUUCUUAUCAAAGAAUUGGGAUCUAUGCUUCCUGGUAAUGCUAGGAAGAUGGACAAAUCCACUGUACUACAGAAAAGCAUUGAUUUUUUACGGAAGCACAAAGAAAUCACUGCACAGUCAGAUGCCAGUGAAAUUCGACAGGACUGGAAACCUACAUUCCUUAGUAAUGAAGAGUUUACACAAUUAAUGUUAGAGGCUCUUGAUGGUUUUUUUUUAGCAAUCAUGACAGAUGGAAGCAUAAUAUAUGUAUCUGAAAGUGUAACUCCAUUACUUGAACAUUUACCAUCUGAUCUUGUGGAUCAAAGUAUAUUUAAUUUUAUCCCAGAAGGGGAACAUUCAGAGGUUUAUAAAAUAUUGUCAACUCAUCUGCUGGAAAGUGAUUCAUUAACACCAGAGUAUCUAAAAUCAAAAAAUCAGCUUGAAUUCUGUUGCCAUAUGCUCCGAGGAACAAUAGAUCCAAAAGAACCACCUACCUAUGAAUUUGUGAAGUUUAUAGGAAAUUUCAAAUCUUUGAACAAUGUAUCCAGUUCAUCACAUAAUGGUUUUGAAGGAACCAUACAACGAUCCCAUAGGCCUUCAUAUGAAGACAGAAUUUGUUUUGUAGCUACUGUGAGGUUAGCUACACCUCAGUUCAUUAAGGAAAUGUGCACUGUUGAAGAGCCCAAUGAAGAAUUUACAUCUAGACAUAGUUUAGAAUGGAAAUUUCUCUUCCUAGAUCACAGGGCACCUCCCAUAAUAGGAUAUUUACCAUUUGAAGUUCUGGGGACAUCAGGGUAUGAUUACUAUCAUGUGGAUGACCUAGAAAAUUUGGCAAAAUGCCAUGAACAUUUAAUGCAAUAUGGGAAAGGCAAGUCCUGUUAUUAUAGGUUCCUGACAAAAGGGCAGCAGUGGAUUUGGCUUCAGACUCAUUACUAUAUUACCUAUCAUCAGUGGAAUUCAAGGCCAGAGUUUAUUGUCUGUACGCACACUGUAGUAAGUUACGCAGAAGUUAGGGCUGAAAGACGACGAGAACUUGGUAUUAAGGAGUCUCUUCCUGAGAUAGCAGCUGAUAAAAGCCAAGACUCUGGAUCUGAUAAUCGCAUUAACACUGUUAGUCUCAAAGAAGCAUUAGAAAGAUUUGAUCACAGCCCAACUCCUUCUGCUUCAUCCAGGAGUUCAAGGAAGUCAUCUCAUACUGCAGUGUCAGAUCCUUCCUCAACACCAACAAAGAUUCCAACAGAUAAUAGCACUCCUCCCAGACAGCAUUUACCUGGACAUGAAAAAAUCACUCAAAGGAGGUCAUCAUUUAGUAGUCAGUCCCUAAAUUCUCAAUCUCUUGGUCAGUCUUUAACACAGCCAAUGAUAUCUCAAGCUACAACUUUACAAAUUCAACAAGGAAUGUCACAGCCCAUGUUUCAGUUUUCAGCUCAGUUGGGAGCCAUGCAGCAUCUAAAAGAUCAACUGGAGCAACGUACCCGGAUGAUAGAGGCAAAUAUUCACCGACAACAAGAAGAACUGAGAAAAAUCCAAGAACAACUGCAAAUGGUCCAUGGUCAGGGGCUACAAAUGUUUUUACAGCAAUCAUCCCCUGGAUUGAAUUUUGGUUCUGUUCAACUUUCUUCUGGAAAUUCAUCAAAUAUGCAGCAACUUACACCUGUAAACAUGCAAAGUCAGGUGGUUCAGACUAAUCAGAUUCAAGGUGGAAUAAAUACUGGACACAUUGGUUCUUCUCAGCACAUGAUGCAACAACAACCUUUACAAAGUCCAGCAACUCAGCAAACUCAACCAAACAUUCUCAGUGGGCACAAUCAACAAACCUCUCUUUCCAAUCAGACUCAAAGCACGCUGACUGCUCCACUGUACAACACUAUGGUAAUUUCUCAACCAACAACAGGAAACGUGGUCCAGAUUCCAUCUAGCAUACCACAAAACAAUAGCCAGAGUGCUGCAGUAACCACUUUCACCCAGGACAGACAGAUAAGAUUUUCUCAAGGUCAACAACUGGUGACCAAAUUAGUCACUGCUCCGGUAGCCUGUGGAGCAGUUAUGGUACCUAGUACUAUGUUUAUGGGUCAGGUGGUAACUGCCUAUCCCACUUUUGCUGCCCAACAGCAGCAGCCACAGACAUUAUCAAUAACACAACAGCAGCAGCAGCAGCAGCAGCAGCAACAACAACAACAGAGCCAGCAGGAACAGCAGCUAACUACCAUUCAGCAGUCAUCUCAGGCUCAGCUGACUCAGCCAUCACAGCAGUUCUUACAGACUUCCAGGCUGCUUCAUGGAAAUCCUUCAACUCAGCUUAUCCUCUCUGCUGCUUUUCCACUACAACAGGGCACUUUGACUCAGGCCCAUCACCAGCAGCAUCAGUCUCAGCAACAGCAACUUACCCGGCAUAGAACUGAUGGUUUGACUGAUCCUUCCAAAGUUCAACCACAGUAGCUCAUUUGCCCCUUUUCUGACAUUGAAGGGGAGAGAGUGGCUAUUUUGUAAAGAGUUGCACUGAUGACCCAAUGAUGGUAGGAAAAAUGUAGACUAUAUAAGAUGCAGUAUUGGAAAUCUGUCGGGAGUGUUCUAUGGAAGUACACAUUAAGUACUAGCCAGCAGGAAGAUGAUCAUAGGGAUGUGGCCAAUUCUGACAGUGUUUUAGUUGCCCAGACAUUUUUUUUUUAAUAAGAAAAGAGCAUCAUGCCAAAUGUUAAUUUGCCCAAUGGAGCCCGAUCUAAAGUGAACCAGAAGGGCACUAACAAUGUUCAUUUCUAGUAAUUCUGUGCAUUUUAUCAAAUGUUACAGUGGACAUGCUGUUGCCACACUAGUGGUUUGAAUAUUGUUAUGCUAAAAAGAAAAAAUGCCAUGAAGACAGUCCAGAAGACUUUGUCCUUUGUCAGGUGAUUAUGGGACAGUAAAUAUUUUCAGAAUGUUGUGUGGAAUCAAAUUCUUUGUUGUACAGAUGCUGUAAAAUAUUGUGUAUAUGUCUGGAUAAAAAGAGAGCGCGCAAAAUAUUUUAUAUGCUGCAUGGAAGUAUACUCUCUUCUUUGUAGGUUUGAAUACAUUUCCUUAAAUUCUUGCACCACAUUCAGACUAAUACAUCCCUUUUUUUCCCUUUUGUUUACAACAUGAUACAUCGUUCUUUUCACUCUUUUCUGGGGCACAAGUCUAUUUGUAUUUUAUCUGUGAUGUCACAGUUUGUUCAUUGAGGUAUGAUGUGCUGCUGGGAGUGGAUUUUUUUUCAGGUUAAAUUAUUGAUGCAAUUGUUGGAACUGAUGGUCGUGCAACAGGGUUUUCAGGAUGUUCAGAAAUAUCCCUUGUUUCAUAAUUAUUCAAUUAUGUUUGAAAAUAGGAUUUGCACUGUUUUAUGUAUGUAGAUGGUUGGGAAUUUUACUCCCUGGAGUGAUCACAUCUUUUGAUAUAGUUCAUAGUUGGAAAUAUUUAUGUAAAAGUUUUAAAAAAUAAUUUCAAGAAUAUUUCAGCUAUAGGAGUAAUUUGCACAAAAUGUAUUUACAUUUUAGGCACUUUUUAACUUUCUCUGUGGUGGGAACUGUAACUUGUUAAAAUGUGUUGGAAAUCUUUUUAUUGUCUUUUACAACUUCAAUGUUUCUUUUAGACAGAAAUGAUUCAGGGUUGUUUGAAAAAAAAAAAAAAAGCCCCACAGUGCCUUGAUUUUGAUUCAGGUGAUAAUGCUGACCAUUGUUUGAACUAUGUUGUCUUGAUUCUGUAGCAAUAUUACAGUUUUUGAAGUCUUAGUAUAGUUUUAACAAAAUUAGAGUGUUGACUAAUAUUGUUAUUUUUCUCCCAGGGAAGACUACUUUAUUUCAACUGGAGAUCAUGCGUAAUUUGAAAAAAAGUGACACCUCUUUGUUUUUGCAGUCAUUAAUAUUAUCCAGAAAUUCAGAGCUUUCUUAAAUGUAGGCUUGGCUGUUUUCAAGCCAAAAUACUUAUUUAAGAAUUGAGUUGUAAAUUGACUUGAUAUUCAUAUAGUUUAAUAGAAAAAAUUAGGAGGCAAGAUUUGGAUUAGUUGGAUACUCAAAAAUUAAAAUAAUGUAUUCAGCAUGGUUUCUAACAUGAACUAAGAUUUAAGGCAACUUCAUGUUACAAAGAUGAUAAAAAAUUCCAACAGAAAAGAUAUACUUUAAAAAAUGCUCUACAGAAGAGAUUUUUUAUGGUACUUGUAAUUAAGUCCACAUCUACAGAGGAAAAAAAAAUAAUGCAGAGGAAAUCUUAUUAGGAUUAUUUGAAAUUGCCCCCCACCCACCAAGAACGUUUAACACAGCAGUUAUUAGUAAAUAGUUUUAUUUUUUCAUGAAAAUAACUGAACAUGGAAUGCUAGAUAACUAAGAUUCAAAUUGAACCCUAAGGCUUUUUUUUAAGAUCCACAGUAGCUAAAACAUUGUUAUUGUUCUUAAGGAUUAUACUUUUAGCUUUUCAUUGACUUGCAUCCAACCAGCAACUAGUACUUAAAAACCACAGUGGAAACAGAAAAUAGAAAUGCAAAAUAAAGAACCAAAGAAAGGUAGGACCUGCCUCUGUAAAAAGGAGCAGGACAAGAUACCAGUAUUUAACAUAUCAAGAAUCCCUUUUCAAGCUGUGUAAUCUUUCAGAAGAGAUUUGUCAUUCCCAUAAAUGAAAGAAAACACCCUGGUGUCUAUAUCUGAAUAUAUCUAUAUAUAAGCAAAACUGGUGGUUUAGAAUGUUCAAAAUGAGAUACUAUUUUUCCCUCGCUUAAGAUUGCCUUGUUAAAAUCGUUACACCAUUUCACAUACAUGUAUCUGAAAUCAGACUUUAUCUGUUAGAGGUGUGUGCUGAUAAAGAUGAGAUAAAUAUGUAGACCUAUUUAAGGUAUGCCUGGUAACUUUAAGCAAGCACCUGUCAUUAAAGGAAAAACAGGGUGACCUCUGAGCCCUGCAGACUCAGGUUGAUACAACCAAAGUGAAGCAGGAGGCUCUACUCUUAGCCAAGGAGUUAGUAAAUCAGUAAAUCGAAGUACUGUAUUUACUCAUGUUCUCUCUGUUACCCUGCCUUAAAUAGUUCCCACCCAAUAUAUAUUUUGAAUAGAAAAAUCAAGAGAAAUUGUUUCAAUGUGUAAUUCUCACUUCCCUCCUCCAAACUCUCUUGCUUUGAAAUGGCAGCCACUGAAAUGAAAUACCUGGCUACUUUCCAUUGACCAGGGUGGUGUAGGAAAGCUAGUCUCCAUCCAGCUGCCACUUAUUCUCCAUCCCCUUAUUUAUAUCUCUCACUCUCUCUCUCACCUAUCUCCCUUGGUCGAGGGCUGGUGGGGAACUUGCAGCCUGGAGGCCACAUGUGGCCUCCAAACUGCAGGUUUCCCACCCCUGGUAGGUAUGAGUUUAUAAAGUACUUUGAACUUCAUGGAGGGUGAAGGGUCAGGUGAAGCUAUGGUAGCAGCUACCUAGUUCUUAAACUCAAUCUGUCCCUUAAAAGGAAAGAUCACAAAUUAAAGUGCUACCUUUUAGAAUUUAGAAAAUCCACCAAAUUCUCCCUCUCAAACAUAUCUGAAAGAAGCUUUUGACACUAAGCAGCAGUUUUAAAGAACAAAAGAGUAUGAAAAGAAAAUGUUAGGAGCUCUAGCUUUUUUGUGUGUUAGCACGCCAGGAGAGAAUUUCAGAGUAAUCAACAUUGCGGAAAGUGGUGACGCAUUGGAACCCAGGGGCUCAUUCUCCUGUUUUUGAGCCAAAAAUCUGAAAGGAAAAAUGAGAUUAUGUAGUCAUCAGCAUGAUGAUUCAGGAUUGAUUCUCUGUACCACCUUAUCUGAUGAAGAUUAUCCUUUGUCUUUGUAAACCUGAUAUUUACAAGAAUAUACUGGUAAUAAUAGGAAACCAAGGCAAUCUACUGGUUUUAGAUAAAGAAACUUGGAGCAGAAUGUAUUAAAAAUGAUAUUUGGAUCUUUUGUAUGAUAUUGUAGGCAUUGCCUUAAAAGAAAUCUGUUGUCCUAUGGGCUAUUGAAUUAGCUAUAUAUAAGGGCUCUGUGAUUCAGAGAGGUCUUAAACAAAAAGCUUUAGGGAAGAGCACUUAAAAUGGAAUUGUUUCCCCUGCUAAUUACUUAUGGAGGAAGAUUCCAUGUAACUGGAAAAUUUUUCAAGACAUUUAGAACACUUCUGCCAUAUCUAGGUAAACUUUUUUUUUUUUAAAGAAUAGAAAGCAUAUAAUAUUCUACCUGAAACCCAUUUUCUAUCUACUUUUUUUUUUUUGUCCUACACUUUCAUUAGUGACUUUGAAUGUAUGGGUAAGCACAUUUUGCUUGUGUCAAACUCAUUCAAGUAUAUAGCCUCUCCAAUGUCUGUGACCCUGCUUAUCAGUCCCAUGGGAGUAAUAAUGUUGGAAGGUACAAACACUGGAUAUUAACAUUGCUGAAGUGAGUCUGACAAGGAAGCUAGAGCACUAGAAUAAGAAUUGUGGAAAAUAAAUUGCACAAAGGCACUUAUCCAUUUUAAGGAAGAUUAGAUGAAGAUGUGCAUUUUUUGGUUUGUUUGAAUUGGGUAAGAACUUUAUGAACUGAGCUCCUAAAGUCAUUGCAAAAGAAAAGAAAUAUAAAUAUUUUUAUAGUAUAUUUAAUAUAUAUAUUUGUAUAUAACUGUAAAAGUAUAGUAGGAGCCCUUCACAUGCCUUCCAUUUUAAUCUAGUUUACUUUUGCCACAGCGCUUAGUGUUUUCCAUCUGUCUAGGUAAUGUGCCUACUGUCAGCUUACCAAAAGAUAGUACUGCUGCUUUCUGGGACAGGUGAGAACCAAUUUCUCAUGCCUGGGGAUCCUUUUACAUGGGGAAUAAUGACAAACCCUUUAAAAACUCAAGUUUAGUACCGUCUAAAAACAUCAUCUGGAUAUCUCAUGAGCACUUUAUUGUAAUUACUCAUUUUGACAAACAGUUUAUCAUUACAGAUGUUAUUCCCAAAGGGCCCCCGUAUCACCAUUUGAAUAAUAAAGUGAUGCGUUUCAGGUCUAAGCAUUUAGACCCAGUGAACCUUAGGUUUAUGGGAGUGAUUUGAAAGUGUCAAAAACCACUUGGCUCUGUUUUUGUUUUUCAAAUGUUGAAGGAAUUGUUUGUAGGUGAAUAGUUACAUUUAGAGGUUUUCUUAAACCUGUCUUGCCUUUUGUGUGGCCACCAAAAAUAAAUAAAUAAAUAAAUAAAUAAAUGAGACCAAUGAGCCUGUUUAGUUUUCAGAGGUCUAGAAAAAUUUUCUUCUGAGUAGGGGUGUAGACCUAAUGUUCAAUAAAUUAGUAGUAGCAAAUCUUUGAAUGUCAGUUUUAAGAAGCAAACCGAAUUGUUCUGAAUGUUUUAAAUGUUGUGUCCUACAGUGUUGGCAGGCCAUUUUAGUGUCUCAUUUAAAUUGUUCUUAAAAGAGUUCUGUAUUAGAAAACCUGGGGAAAUGGCUACUUUGGACAAGAUUGAGAAAAAUCUGUCAUUCAAUCUUAGGUUGUCUCCUUUGGAAAAACUGGAGAUAACUGAAAUGUAUUGAGAUGGUUAUUAAUGCAGGAUGUUAGAAACUGAAUGUUGACUAAUUCAGAAGAAAUGAAUCAAACGGUAUUAAAAAAAUUUAAAACAGCUUGUGCACAAGAAUUUUGGAAGUUUCUUCAUGUCCUAACUUAACACUACAUUCCUUAUUUUUCUUAAAUAAAAUAGUAAUUUAAAGGUUCUGUGAUGUUUCAGUGCUUUAUGCUUUGUUAAUUGCCUGGGUUUCCUCAGCCUGAUUCUCCUUAAUGAAAUAAUAAAUUACUUGUAAAGAAGAUAUUACAAAACAAACCCUUACCCACCAGCAAACACUGAGAGGUGCUGCACUGAGACAAUCAAAAUAGUAUUUAUAAAUAAUUUGGAAAAUGGUUUUAAAGGAAUAAUUGCUUUGAAAGUACUUACGUGACUUACUAAAAGACUAAAAGUAUUUAUUUUAAAAUAAAUCUGAGUGCUAGAAACUGAAUGUUAAGGUGAUUUCUGCAUCAUUUUUUGUUUGCUUUUUGAUUGGCAUAAAGAAACCCUUUCAUUUUGGGCCCCUGCUAUUUAUCGCUUUCACGGGCAUCUGUGGCUGUCCUUGUAUAGGUCAUUGUGUAGGUCAGCCGUGAACAAACUAUAACCCUUCACCUAAAAUAUAGCAAAACUAUCUCAUUGCCCUACUGCUCUUAACUGGUUUUAAAAAAUCAGAAUAAAGGUAACUCCUUCAAAAGUC